GUCCCAAAAAAAAUUUGUAUAUCAUUCCAUCUCUAAAGAUUUUAAGUAAAUGGUGUCGAUUGAGACAUCAUCACAACAUUACCAAUCAUCUCCGAUGGCUAAAUACGCCGGAACAAGAACAAGACCUGUGAUAUGUUUCUCCGACGUCGUUCUCUUCCUCGGCGGAGCUUUUAUGUCGCUAAUCCUCGUUUGGUCAUUCUUCUCCUUCUCUUCAAUCUCACCAAACCUCACCGUCAAAACCGAUGGCUCCUCCUCCUCCUCCACCAAAUGCUAUCACGGCAUCGAUACGAACCACGACCCAACCGACCCGGUUUACUACGACGACUCGGAUCUAAGUUACACAAUCGAGAAACCGGUUAAGAACUGGGACGAGAAACGAAGGCGGUGGUUCAAUCUCCACCCUUCGUUCAUCCCAGGGGCUGAGAAUCGUACGGUUAUGGUUACGGGAUCACAAUCUUCGCCGUGUAAGAACCCGAUCGGGGACCAUUUGUUGCUUAGGUUUUUUAAGAACAAGGUUGAUUACUGUCGGAUCCAUGGUCAUGAUAUAUUCUACAGCAACGCGCUUCUUCACCCGAAGAUGAAUUCGUAUUGGGCGAAACUUCCGGCGGUUAAAGCGGCGAUGAUUGCUCAUCCCGAGGCGGAGUGGAUCUGGUGGGUUGAUUCUGAUGCUUUGUUUACUGAUAUGGAUUUUUCUCCGCCGUGGAGACGGUAUAAGGACCAUAACCUCGUUGUUCAUGGUUGGCCGGGAGUGAUUUAUAAUGAUCGGAGCUGGACGGCGUUGAACGCCGGCGUUUUUCUAAUUAGGAAUUGUCAGUGGUCUAUGGAGCUUAUUGACACGUGGACAGGUAUGGGACCGGUAAGUCCGGAGUAUGCAAAAUGGGGACAGAUCCAACGGUCAAUAUUCAAAGACAAGCUAUUCCCAGAGUCAGAUGAUCAAACGGCUCUGAUUUACUUACUAUACAAACACAGAGAAGAGUAUUAUCCCAAGAUAUACCUCGAAGGAGACUAUUACUUCGAAGGUUACUGGUUAGAGAUCGUACCGGGUUUAGCUAACGUAACGGAGCGGUACCUGGAGAUGGAACGAGAGGACGCCACGUUGCGUAGACGACACGCGGAGAAAGUGAGCGAGCGAUACGCUGCGUUUCGGGAGAAACGGUUUUUGAAAGGAGAAAGAGGCGGGAAAGGGAGUAAACGGAGGCCGUUCGUGACGCAUUUCACGGGGUGUCAGCCUUGUAGUGGUGACCAUAACAAGAUGUACGAUGGUGACACGUGUUGGAAUGGGAUGAUCAAAGCCAUUAAUUUCGCUGAUAAUCAAGUGAUGCGUAAGUAUGGUUUCGUACACUCGGAUCUAGGCAAGACUUCCCCUCUUCAACAUGUACCGUUCGAUUAUCCUGAUGAGCCUUGGUGAUUUUUUUUUUUUUUAGGUUUUUUUGUUGAAUAUUGUGUGUUGUGUUUUUUUUUUUUUUUUUUUUAAAACUCUUUAGAUGUGCUUUUAUAAUGAGUUUAUUAUUAUAAUCCAUGAAUCAAAAAGGUUUAUAAUGAGGAAUCUUUUUGAAUAAUUUAA